AUUCUCAAUCUCAAUCCUAGACUUACAAUGUUCCAAUUCAUAGCUCUUAAUCUACUGAAAAUUUGAAAGAAACUUGUUAUUCAAAUUCAAACCUUAUUUUUCUGUGUUUCAUGACCUAAUUCAUAAAGUCUCAAAUCUAUUUGGCACAAUGAAUUGAUCGAGAAUCUCAAAGAAUCGGAAAAUUUUUAAAAUGACGAAAACUAUCAUGCCAAGGAAAGUUGAUACUUUAUUUGCAUGUAAAGAAUACCAUUACCACUACAAAGAAAAGAACAAAAUGCAUCAUGUUUUCACGUUACUCUAAAGUAGAAGAACACUUUUGGAAUCAAAUUAUCAUUUAUUUAUAGUGGAAAAUUGUUAACAACUUGAUAUCCUCUAUAGCAGAAAUCAUUUUUAAAAUUGCCUUUCACACAAAUAUAGUAAAGAAAGACUAAGAGAGAGUGAGAUGGAUUCUAACGGUGGAUUUCAUGAGGUGGAAAAGGAUGGUAAACUGUUUUUGGUAUACCAUCACCCCAAAUAUUGUCCCAUACCCGAAACACAGACCCUAACCUCCCCCACCGACCUUCCUCUUCAACCUCUUUUCUUAUGCCCUCGUAUAAGAAAAUAUACCAUCAACUCAUCCACUUUUCUGCUCAAUUCUUCCCCCGAGUACGUCUUCCCUACAACAACGGAUUCCAAUGAUCAUCAUGUACUUCCUUUGUUUUGGUGCAACAAUAAAGAAUUUGAUGCUGAUGGUGGGUGCGACAUAUGCGGAGGCUCAAAUUUCGGCACAGACUAUUACUUCUGUAACAACUGUGAUAAAAAAUUCCAUAGAGAAUGCGUCCAGUCUCCUCUUAAAAUCAAACACCCUUACCACCCUGAGCAUUCUCUCCAACUUUACUUUCUUCCUCUAACUGAUAUUGAGUGCUUAUGUUGCCGAAGAAGAGCAAUGAGGUUAGUUUAUCAUUGUACCAUAUGUCAGGCUUAUAUGCAUCCAACAUGUGCGAUGAAGCCAAUACCCUUUAUUAUAGACCCACCAAAACAGCAUAUCCAUCCUCUCACCUUUUUCCCGAGACAAAUAGGUUUAACUUGUAACGUUUGUGGUUUGUCCAGAAAAACUUAUCCCACCUACGUUUGUUUAAGAUGUAACUUUGUAGCUCAUAAUGAUUGUAUGAAUUUCCCACACAUCAUCAAGAUAUCACGUCACCACCAUCGUAUCUCCUUCACUCUUUCUUUUCUAUCCAGAGAACGGUUAUGUGGAGUUUGUCGUCAAAGUGUUAAUGGUGAUUACGGUGCAUAUACUUGUGACAAGUGUAAUGAUUAUGCCGUUCAUUCAAUAUGUGCUACAAGGAAGGAUUUGUGGGAUGGAAAAGAACUCGAAGGUGUACCAGAAGAGGAUGAUAUUACAGAAAAUGUCAGGCCGUUUGAGAUGAUAUCUGAAGGAGAAAUACUUCAUUUUCUUCAUGACCAUCCUCUCAGGCUAGAGAGCAUCAAACUUUUUGACGAAAAUAAAUUUUGUCAAGCGUGUGUCCUUCCUAUCUAUGAAGGUAACUUUUAUUCUUGUGUGGAGUGUGAGUUCAUCCUCCAUGAAAAUUGUGCUAAGGCUCCCCGUAGAAUCCAACAUGCCUUACAUCGUCAUCCACUUACAUUGAAGGCUGUCGAUGUAGAUUAUUCCUAUUGCGAUGCUUGUGAUCGUAGAUAUAGUGGCUUUUACUAUGGGUGUUACAAAGAUGAAUGCCGGUAUACUCUAGAUGUAAGGUGUGCUUCAAUUUCUGAGCCGUUUGAUUACAAAGGUCAUGAACAUCCCUUGUUCCUAGCUUUAAACCCAGAAGUAAAACCCAUAUGUCAUGUAUGCAAAAGAGAAUGUCAAGAACAAUUAAAUUGCAUCCAAUGCGGAUGCAAUUUUAUUGUAUGUUUCAGAUGUGUUACCUUACCAUACAAAACAAAAUAUAAGCAUGACACACACUUUCUCACAAUUUCAUAUGGUGAAGAAGUACGCGAGAAAGAUUGGUGUGAAGUAUGCGAACAGAAUUUAAAAGAUACGGGCACAAAAGUGUUCUAUUGGUGCAACGAGUGUUACACUACUUUUCAUAUCGAAUGCGUAUUAGGAGAAGACCCAUAUAUGAAGCUUGGUAAAUAUCCUGAAGAUUCGGGUGGGAAGUUUGAAAUUCUUGGCAAAUGCAAUAUUUCUCGACCAUUGUGCUAUUAUUGCAAGAAACGUUGUCAGGGGAAAAUAUUUAAGAGAGAUAACAACAUAGCAUGUUCUAUGAUAUGUCUUUAUGAGAUAGAGAAUUUGUAAAGAUGUAUGAGCAUUCAACCUCUUUUAAAUAAAGCGUAAUUUCUCCUUUUA